AUGUCACUAUUAAUCAAUAAAUGUACUGGCUACUGCGAUGACGGAUUCCAAGUUCUCAUAUUUAUAGACGACUGUAGAAAACUAGAGGUCCAGCAGGAGCCACAAUGCUCACGCUAUACACAGAUUGGAACUUGUCGGGGAGGAUGGGAAUUUUUCCAAGAAAGUUGUUAUUACUUUGGGACCCAGAAGGCCACGUGGCCGGAAGCUGAGGCGUAUUGUAUGAGUAUGAACUCCAUGUUGACGGAGAUUGAAACAAAGGCAGAGAGCAACUUCCUGGAGUCCCGCCUGAGGGUUAUUCACAACCACACUUCAUCGGCAGAUCAAAACGAAGUUUCUUAUUGGUUGGGUGGAAAUGAUAUUGAAAUAGAGGGGGUAUUUAAGUGGGUGAAAUCUGACGCACCAUUGACAUUCACGGAUUGGAAUCCAGGACAACCUGAUGACGCUAAUGGCGAGGACUGUAUGGAGCUUAGGGGAGAUUUCCAUUACCACUGGAAUGAUCUUCCUUGCACCAUUCCUCACCACUUUAUCUGUGAAUCAUCAGCGUUUGAAGCGCCCAUCAUAGGAAAGUGAGGAUAAUUAAUAA